GAGAGUGUUUUUGUAAUAAACCCAAAACAGAAACAGUAACAGAAAAACAAAAGCAAGAAGAAGAAGAACCAAAAAUAAUGGUAAUGGAGGGUAUGGUCUGAACUGAACUGAACUGAAAGUCCCUCCCUUUACAGUCUGUAGUUACUCACUUCCACCAACCACCACUCGCCACCUCACCCGCCAUUUUUAACCGCCUCUUCAACAAACCCUAACACCGCCAUUUUUUCUAGGGUUUGCUCUCUCUAAAUGUUUUAGCCAUGACUCUUCUUACUCUUACUUUUUACUCUCUGCUCCUCCUUUUCACCGCCUCCGCCGCUUCUCAGUCGGAGCUCCGAGCUUUACUCGAGUUCAAAAAAGGUAUCACCGCUGACCCACUUGACAAAAUCCUCCCCACAUGGAAUUUCUCUUCUGUUUCCGGGUUAUCCACUUGCCCCGUUUCCUGGCCCGGUAUCACCUGCGACCCGACUACCCAUUCCAUCAUUUCCAUUACCCUCAACCGCCUCAGUCUCUCCGGCGACUUAAAGUUUUCAACUUUGGUUAACCUGAAAUUCCUUCAGAAUCUCUCUCUUUCGGGGAACCAUUUCACGGGUCGGAUUGUACCCACAUUAGGAUCCAUUAGUUCGCUCCAGUACUUAGAUCUGUCUGACAAUAAUUUCUCCGGGCCGAUCCCUGGCCGGAUCGCGGAGCUGUGGAAUUUGAAGUAUGUAAAUUUGUCUAGAAAUGGAUUUGAAGGCGGGUUCCCAGUUGGGUUACCCGUGCCUUUUCGGAAUUUGCAGCAGCUGAAGGUUUUGGAUUUGCAUUCUAAUAAAUUUGGAGGUGAUGUUAGAGAUGUUUUGAGUGAGUUGAUUAAUUUGGAGCAUUUGGAUUUGAGUGAUAAUGUGUUCUAUGGUAAGCUUGAUAGUCUUAGUGUAGAGAAUGUUUCUGGGUUGGCUAAUACUGUGCAGUUUGUUAACUUCAGUGGAAAUCAGUUGAAUGGUGGUUUUUUGAGAGAGGAGGUGGUUGGAUUGUUUAGGAAUUUGCAAGUUUUGGAUUUGAGUUAUUGUGGGAUUAAUGGGGAAUUGCCUUCACUUGGUUCCUUUUUGAGAUUGAAGGUGUUGAGGUUGAAGAAUAAUGAGUUGUUUGGGACCUUGCCGCCGGAAUUGUUUAACGGGUCGAUGCCAGUUGAAGAAUUAGAUCUUAGUGGCAAUGGUUUUACAGGUUCUAUUCAUGAAGUUAGUUCUGCAACAUUGAAUACCUUAAUGCUCUCCUCAAAUGGAUUAUCUGGAUCUUUGCCAACUUUUCUAGAGAGAUGUAUUGUUGUUGAUCUUAGUGGAAAUAUGAUCUCCGGUGACUUGUCUGUUAUGCAGAAUUGGCAUGCCGGUCUAGAGGUUCUUGAUUUGAGUUCCAACAAGUUGUCAGGAAGUUUGCCGAACUUAAUUUCUCAGUUUUCUAGAUUAAGUAAACUUUCUCUUAGGAAUAAUUCCCUAGAUGGUAAUUUGCCUCCUCAAUUGGGGGCCAGCUCCGAAUUGUCUGCAAUUGAUCUUAGCUUAAAUCAACUUAGUGGAACUAUUCCCGGUGGCUUCUUUGCUUCAAUGACUUUGAUAAACCUGAAUCUUUCAAGAAACCACUUCACAGGGCCAAUUCCUCUGCAAGGCUCACAUGUAGGUGAAUUAUUAGUUUUACCUUCUUAUCCAAAGAUGGAGUCUCUUGAUCUUUCCCAUAACUCCUUAUCUAGCGGAUUGCCUUCAGAUAUAGGUAACAUGGCAAACCUCAAAUUGCUGAAUCUCUCAAACAAUGGCUUGUCAGGAGAACUGCCUGUUGAAUUGAGCAAGCUAACUUACUUAGAGUACCUUGAUUUAUCUGGCAAUAAAUUUAAGGGUAAAAUCCCUGAUAAGCUUUCAUCUAGCUUAAUUGGAUUAAAUUUGUCCUCUAAUGAUCUUAGUGGCGUGGUUCCAGAGAACUUGAGAAAAUUUGACAUUUCUUCAUUUCAUCCUGGAAACUCCUUACUGAUCUUUCUAAAUGGGGGGCCCUCAACAAAUUCCGUUCCAGAUCAGCUUCCUGUCCAAAGGAAACAUCACAGCUCAAAGCAUCGUGUUACUACGGUGAUUAUUGUUGCUGCAGUUGUUACCACCUUGGGGAUUUUGGUUUUCUUGGCAUUUCAUCAGGCACAGAAAAAGAACUUUCUUGGUAGAAGUGAAUUUAGUGGCCAAGCUCCAGGGGAAGAUUCUAAGGUUGAACGAUCUGCACAAUCUUCCUUUUUCAAAUUUCACUCUAAUGUUCAUCGACCACCAACUUCAUUGAGUUUUUCAAAUGAUCACUUACUUACGUCAAAUUCAAGGUCACUAUCUGCACAGACAGAUUUUGGAAAUGAAAUUGUCGAGCAUGAUUUACCUCGAGUUGGUGCUGCAGGCUCUUCAUCUUCAAAUCUUAAUGUGCUAGAGAGUGGUCCCACUACAUCAGGAAGGAAGUCCUCCCCAGACUCUCCAUUAACUUCCUCACCCCGAUUCAUUGAGGGGCACGAACAAUCCGUGAAAUUGGAUGUCUAUUCACCUGAUCGGUUAGCUGGAGAAUUAUUCUUCCUUGAUGCAUCACUAGCAUUUACUGCAGAGGAGUUAUCUCGAGCUCCAGCAGAAGUUCUCGGCAGAAGCAGCCAUGGAACUUUAUACAAAGCUACUCUUGAUGGUGGACAUAUGUUGACUGUGAAGUGGUUGCGGGUGGGAUUGGUCAAACAUAAGAAGGAAUUUGCUAAGGAAGUUAAGAGGAUAGGUUCUGUAAAACAUCCAAAUCUUGUUCCAUUGCGAGCAUACUAUUGGGGACCAAGAGAACAAGAGAGACUUCUUCUUGCAGACUAUAUUCACGGAGACAGCUUAGCGCUACAUUUAUAUGAGUCUACACCUAGGAGAUAUUCCCUGUUAUCAUUCAGCCGAAGACUAAAAGUUGCAGUCGAUGUUGCUCGUUGUCUAUUGUACAUUCACGAUAGAGGGAUGCUGCAUGGAAAUUUAAAGCCAACUAAUAUACUUCUUGAUGGUCCUGAGUAUAAUGUUCGUCUUACUGAUUAUGGUCUUCACCGCUUGAUGACACCAACUGGUAUUGCAGAGCAGAUAUUGAAUUUGGGAGCACUUGGAUACUGUGCUCCCGAACUAUCUAAUGCAUCUAAACCGACCCCUUCAUUUAAGGCAGAUGUGUAUGCGUUCGGAGUGAUUUUGAUGGAAAUGUUAACCAGAAGGAGUGCCGGUGACAUCAUAUCAGGUCAAUCGGGAGCAGUUGAUCUUACAGAUUGGGUUCGGUUAUGCGAUCAAGAAGGAAGACGAAUGGACUGUAUUGACAGGGAUAUUGCAGGUGGAGAAGAGCCUAUGCAAGCGAUGGACGAUAUGCUUGGUGUAUCGUUGAGGUGUAUUCUCUCUGUAAAUGAGAGACCGAACAUCAGACAAGUCUUGGAGGAUCUUUGUUCUAUAUCUGUUUGAAGUUUUGUACAUGUCUUGGAAUUAAUUUUUUUGUUCCAUUCCUUGACCCCAAUUGUUAAUUUUUUUCCCCAUUUUUUUUGUUCAUUAAUUGGUUUAUAGCCUUCUGAUUUAUGGGCUCAUUAUCACAUUUUUUUUGUGGAAAAUUUUCUUGUAAAGCAACAACCAAUCCAUUAAUUAUUUGACAGUGUUUUGAGUUUGAUCUUUCACUUGAAAA